AUUGGUGUAAACACUGAAGUUUAGUUUGUGUUUCGCUCUUCUGGUUGGUCAGAGUGUUUGCCGAUGACUUACGCACUUACUGCGAGGGGCAGGUCUACCGACUGACUGGUGGUUGUGUUUUGGUCGCAAAGGUGAGGUUACGUCGAGGUGCGUAGAUUUCAGUUAUUCAUUUGUAAUUAAUUAAUUAAACCAAAGUUAAGCUGUUACAGGAAGUGCCGUGUAAAACCGACAAGCCGUUCGGAGCAUUUGUCUUGUGCUAUUAAAUGUCGACAGAGGCGUUUGUAGAGAAUGACUCGUUUGUCGCUGAUGAUUGUUAGAUAGUUGAGAGGUUCCCAGACUGUCUUCUUCUCGUAGUUACUUAGUCUUAAACAGCGGUGAGCCACCGUGGAUAGCCAGAUACGUUGAAAAAGCUAAGUGGAGGUUUCCAGAAGAGGGAAAGCGUGCUUUUCGGGAUCAGUUUGUUUUAAAGUUUAUAAAUAUAUAUAUUACAUCUUAUUUUUGUGUGUUAUCUGUUCGUGAUCGUUUGGAAUUUGGAGUACUAUUUCUGCACAAGUAGCAACCUGUAGAUUUAUUUUUUUCCACGAUAAUGUGCCGGUUUUUUUGCAUUUAUAAUCUAGAUUGUAUGAUUCGCAUUAGGAAAAGAGAAUCUAUAAAUUGCAAUUGAUGCCAUAGUUUUAAUAGACGAGUUUUAACAUUGAUUGUUUGGUACAUUUUCUUGACACGGUAGAAUUUAAUGAAUUGGAAAAAUAUUUCAAUGGGUGUUGUUGCUGAUGAAUCAUCAGAUAACGUUUGUUUUUAAAAUAUAUGCUGUAUAUUGAAACUUGGUGAUCUGACCAUAGCGGACUUUGGUGUUAUCUCCUUUUCACGGUUUAAAAUUGUAUGAUCUGCCAAACAUUACAGUCACCUUGAGAAGUGGAAAUAUAUAUAGUCAACAUUUUUUAGUUGCCACACAAGAAAAUGUCGGCUAUCUCGGCAGCAGAGAAAGUGGACGGGUUCACACGAAAAUCCGUGAGAAAAGCACAGAAACAGAAGAGAUCGCAAGGUUCGUCUCAGUUCCGGACCCAGAGCAGCCUGGUCGAGCUUUCACCCCUACCACAGCUCAAAGAUGCCCCAACAACAGAGCAGCAAGAGCUGUUCUGUCAGAAGCUACAGCAGUGUUGCAUGCUGUUCGAUUUCAUGGACUCUGUUAUAGACCUGAAGAGCAAAGAAAUUAAGCGGGCAACACUAAACGAACUGGUGGAUUUUGUAUCCACAAACAGGGGCGUGCUGGUUGAGGCAGCUUACCCUGAAAUUGCUGCAAUGAUUAGCAACAACAUUUUCCGAACACUUCCUCCCAGUGACAACCCAGAUUUUGACCCUGAAGAGGAUGAACCCACUCUUGAGGCCUCAUGGCCCCAUAUACAGCUGGUGUACGAGUUUUUUCUAAGGUUCUUGGAAAAUCCUGAUUUCCAGCCUAGCAUUGCAAAGCGAUACAUUGACCAGAAGUUUGUGCUGCAGCUUUUGGAACUGUUUGACAGUGAAGAUCCACGAGAGCGAGACUUCUUAAAAACUGUGCUACACCGGAUUUAUGGGAAAUUCCUGGGGUUAAGAGCAUUCAUCAGGAAGCAGAUAAACAACAUCUUUUUACGAUUCAUAUACGAAACCGAACAUUUUAAUGGAGUUGCCGAGCUGCUGGAGAUCUUGGGAAGUAUCAUCAACGGUUUUGCACUACCUUUAAAAGCAGAACACAAACAGUUUCUAAUGAAGGUUUUGAUUCCUAUGCACACAGCUAAGGGUCUGGCCCUGUUUCACGCACAGCUGGCCUACUGUGUUGUACAGUUCUUGGAAAAAGACCCCACCCUUACUGAAACGGUCAUUAGAGGAUUGCUGAAGUUUUGGCCAAAAACUUGCAGUCAAAAGGAGGUCAUGUUCUUGGGUGAAAUUGAGGAAAUCCUUGAUGUCAUUGAGCCAACACAGUUUAAAAAGAUUCAGGAACCUCUGUUCAAGCAGAUAGCAAAGUGUGUCUCCAAUCCUCACUUUCAGGUAGCUGAACGAGCUUUAUAUUUCUGGAAUAACGAAUAUAUUCUGAGUCUAAUUGAGGAAAACAUUGACAAAAUCCUACCAAUUAUGUUUGGUAGCUUGUACAGAAUCUCCAAAGAGCACUGGAACCCGACAAUUGUAGCACUGGUUUACAAUGUUUUAAAGACAUUAAUGGAGUUGAACGGCACACUGUUUGAUGAGUUAACCACGUCAUAUAAAGCAGAAAGACAACGUGAGAAGAAGAAAGAGCAGGAGCGUGAGGAGCUGUGGCAGAAGCUGGACGAGCUCAGGGUGAAGGAAACGUCGGGCAUGCUGAACAACACUCACAGCCUGCAGAACGCUCAGAACAAUAACAACACAAGUGCCAAAUGACACGGGAUCCACAACACAGCCACGUCUGCUGGAUGGGCAGCAUCAUUUUCUACUCUACUUUUUGAAACGUGUGAGAAAUAUCGAGAGAAAACCUCAUCAGUAUGUUAAAAAAAUAUAUAUAAAUAUAUUAUAACGCCAAUUUUUGGCAAGCUAUAAAUAAGAAUCUGUGGACUUUUAAGAAUAUUUUUUGGGAUGUUAGUGUGGCCACAGUAGAUUUGUAACCUCGUCUAAUCAUUGAUUUAUUAUGUCACUUGCAGAGUUAUUUCACUGAGAAAUGAGUUUUAUUAUCAUUUAUGAGGAGUGAGGAAAAAUAAAAUAUGGGAGUGGUGAUGACCGGAGCAUUUUUUUAUUGUGCUGCACAUAGGCAAAUUAGUCAGCUAUUUAAAGUAAUGAUUUUCCUGUUUUAUGUGCUUUCCACACUGCUGCAGAAGUGUGUGGGGGGGGGGGGGGGGGGGGGGGGGGGGGGGAGGAGAAAAGAAUGGUAACAUUUGUGCUGUUUCCUUGGAUAAAACCAGAGGAUCUUUGUCCCUCAAAUCCCCCUGGGUGUCAUUUCCUCUUGGGUGUUUAUUUCCUUUCUAAAGAUAAAUUUUUUUUUUUUUUGCAACUGUAAUCUAUUUAAGACACAUGGGACUUUAAAUACAGCCAUCAAUUACCUAUUUAUAGUAUUAAUAAAUAUGAACUGUAGAAAAUAAUGGGCACAGAGUAUUUUAAUUUCCUUAUUAAAGUAUUUUCAGAAAAGACAUUGAGUAAAUGAGAGCUAACAAGAUAUGAGCCAUAUUUUUCCACAGAAAAUUAAGCACCUGGGUUUCAUUUUUAGAUGGAUGGAGCAACAUGGUGUAAAAGACUAAGAAGUUGACCACAGGAGGGAAAAUGUAUGUUUGUAUUCUAAAUCUAGUUUUUUCUGAUGCCUUUUGUCAGAGUACCAUUCCAAUGUCUGUUAACAUAAAAUUGUGUGGAAAACGGUUUUGUAAUGAAAGACCUUCUUUGGGGUUUUGAACAUCAGUAAAUAAAGUCUACUUUAUGUUUCUAUUUUGA